AUCCAUUCAAACAUUUAAAAAUUAGAUUCUAAAAUUGGCACUCCCAUUCUGAUUUCUGAAACAAAAGCUCGUUUCUGAUUAUCAAUGUCAACUCCCACACUGUCAUCUUUAAUAAACCCAUCUAUUCAUUGGUCACAUAAUAGCAGAAAAACAAGGAUUCUAAUACCAACCCAACCCCAUACCUUCGCAGCUUGUAGUAAACUUUCAACUCCAGUCUCUGUCUGUUCUUUUUCAACUCAUUCUAAUCACUUUGCUGUAAACAGUUAUUCAUCUGCUGACAUAUCCAGUGAACUACCUCAGGUUCAAAGCAGUACUUGGAACUGGAAGGGUUAUUCUAUUCGCUAUCAGCACUCCGGAAACAAUGGCCCUGCGUUAGUUUUAGUUCAUGGUUUCGGAGCAAACAGUGACCACUGGAGGAAAAAUAUCCCUGUUCUUGCAAAAUCACAUAGAGUAUAUGCAAUUGAUCUUAUUGGUUAUGGAUACUCAGAUAAACCUGAUCCUCGUGAAUUUGGAGUUAACACCUUCUACACAUUUGAUACAUGGGGCACCCAACUAAAUGACUUUUGUGUUGACGUAAUUAAAGACGGAGCAUUUUUUAUAUGCAAUUCAAUUGGAGGAAUGGUUGGUCUCCAGGCAGCAGUUAUGAAGCCACAGAUUUGUAAGGGCAUUGUCCUGUUAAAUAUAUCUUUGCGCUUGCUUCAUGUUAAAAAGCAGCCAUGGUUCGCUAAACCUUUUAUCAGCUCAUUUCAGAGUCUGUUGAGGAAUACGGCUGUGGGCAAAUUUUUCUUCAAAUCAGUUGCAACAUCAGAGUCUGUGAGGAACAUUCUGUGUCAGUGUUAUCAUGACACAUCCCAGGUGACAGAGGAACUUGUGGAGAAGAUCCUUCUUCCAGGACUUGAACCUGGUGCAGUGGAUGUAUUUCUUGAUUUCAUCAGUUACUCUGGAGGCCCACUUCCGGAGGAACUGUUACCUCAGGUGAAGUGUGCUGUUCUGAUAGCAUGGGGAGACAAGGAUCCAUGGGAACCAAUUGAGCUUGGAAGAAACUAUGGAAACUUUGAUUCUGUUGAGGACUUCGUUGUCCUCCCUAAUGUUGGCCACUGUCCCCAGGAUGAAGCGCCUCAUCUUGUGAACCCGCUGGUUGAGUCGUUCGUGGCUCGUAAUUCCACACUCAGACCUCCCAUUUCUACUGUUACCUGAUUCAAAUUCAUUCAAGUUUGUCACCCAAACAACUUCCACUUCAACUAUGUGAUUCUUUAAAAUAUAUGGAGAAAAUAAUAAUUUUAUCUCAAACUCAUGGGUUAUGCAAACAAUUCAUAUAAACUGUCUUUUGAGUCACUAAUUAUGAACUGAGGAACUAGUUGAGAACCUGCAGAGUCUGCAGAGUAUUGCAAAUGAGAUUUAUGGAUGUUAAUAUGUA